AACAGCGGAGGUGGUGAAUGUAUGUGUUGUGGAUUUUGGUAUUUGGUCGAGUUUUAAAAUCCGUAGAAAUCGCUACAAUCACGUAGGAUUAGCGCAUUAAACUCUGAAGUACACGGUCCAUGAAGCAUCCACCCACAUAAACCUACAAUGUAUGAAGAUGAGGAAGUCGCCUACACGGCCGAGGAUGAGGACGACAUCACGCCGGACCUGUGGCAAGAGGCGUGCUGGAUCGUUAUCUCAUCCUAUUUUGACGAGAAGGGUCUUGUCCGACAGCAGCUGGACUCGUUCGACGAGUUUAUCCAGAUGUCUGUUCAGCGGAUUGUGGAGGACGCACCGCAGAUCGAUCUUCAAGCAGAAGCUCAGCAUCAGUCCGGCGAGAUAGAAAUACCGCCCCGGUAUCUCCUGAAGUUUGAACAGAUCUACUUGUCAAAGCCUACUCACUGGGAAAAGGAUGGUGCACCAAGUCCUAUGAUGCCCAAUGAAGCCAGACUUAGAAACCUGACGUACUCUGCCCCACUCUAUGUCGACAUCAAGAAGACGGUGGUGAAAGAAGGUGAGGAUCCAGUCGAGACACUGCACCAGAAGACAUUCAUUGGCAAGAUCCCGAUCAUGCUUCGCUCUACGUACUGCCUGUUAAACGGACAGACGGAUCGUGAUCUGACAGAGUUGAACGAGUGUCCGCUAGACCCCGGCGGCUAUUUCAUCAUCAACGGCUCGGAGAAGGUGUUGAUUGCCCAGGAGAAGAUGGCUACAAACACAGUGUAUGUGUUUCAAAUGAAAGAGCACAAAUACGCGUACAAAACUGAAAUCAGGUCUUGUCUUGAGCACUCGUCACGUCCCACCAGCACACUGUGGGUGAACAUGCUGGCUAGAGGAGGUGGAGGUGCUAAGAAGAGUGCGAUUGGUCAGCGUAUCAUUGGCAUCUUGCCGUACAUCAAGCAGGAGAUUCCCAUCAUCAUAGUGUUCCGAGCCUUGGGCUUCGUGGCUGACAGAGACAUUCUUGAGCACAUCAUUUAUGACUUUGACGAUCCUGAGAUGAUGGAGAUGGUCAAGCCGUCGUUAGACGAAGCUUUCGUCAUCCAAGAGCAAAAUGUUGCGCUCAACUUCAUCGGCGCCAGAGGAGCGCGACCUGGUGUCACAAAGGAGAAGCGCAUCAAAUAUGCGAAGGAAAUCUUGCAGAAGGAAAUGCUACCGCACGUUGGUGUCAGCGACUUCUGUGAGACAAAGAAGGCAUACUUCCUCGGCUACAUGGUGCACAGACUUCUGCUGGCAGCACUAGGUCGAAGAGAGAUCGACGAUCGUGAUCACCUUGGCAACAAGCGUCUGGAUCUGGCCGGUCCUCUUAUGGCAUUCCUGUUUCGGGGGCUGUUCAAAAAUCUGAUGAAGGAGGUGCGAAUAUAUGCUCAGAAGUUCAUCGACAGAGGAAAAGACUUCAACCUGGAGCUGGCCAUCAAGACUCGCAUCAUCACCGACGGACUCAAGUACUCGCUGGCGACGGGUAAUUGGGGAGACCAGAAGAAAGCUCACCAGGCUCGAGCUGGCGUGUCCCAGGUGUUGAAUCGACUCACGUUCGUAUCAACGCUCUCUCACCUGCGUCGGUGUAACUCUCCCGUCGGACGUGACGGCAAGCUGGCAAAGCCCAGGCAGCUGCACAACUCGCAGUGGGGCAUGGUCUGCCCAGCUGAAACACCCGAGGGUCACGCCGUAGGAUUGGUGAAGAAUCUCGCACUGAUGGCGUACAUCUCGGUCGGAUCUCAACCUUCGCCCAUCCUGGAGUUCCUCGAGGAGUGGAGCAUGGAAAACCUGGAGGAGAUAGCACCGUCAGCCAUAUCAGAUGCGACAAAGAUCUUUGUGAACGGCUGCUGGGUGGGCAUCCAUCGUGAUCCCGAGCAGCUAAUGAACACCCUCAAGAAGCUGCGACGACAAAUGGACAUCAUCGUGUCUGAAGAAUUGGUUUCGGGAACCGUCAUGGCCGGCGGCAUUGCAUUGUGGCCCCGGUAUCUCCUGAAGUUUGAACAGAUCUACUUGUCAAAGCCUACUCACUGGGAAAAGGAUGGUGCACCAAGUCCUAUGAUGCCUAAUGAAGCCAGACUUAGAAACCUGACGUACUCUGCCCCACUCUAUGUCGACAUCAAGAAGACGGUGGUGAAAGAAGGUGAGGAUCCAGUCGAGACACUGCACCAGAAGACAUUCAUUGGCAAGAUCCCGAUCAUGCUUCGCUCUACGUACUGCCUGUUGAAUGGACAGACGGAUCGUGAUCUGACGGAGUUGAACGAGUGUCCGCUAGACCCCGGCGGCUAUUUCAUCAUCAACGGCUCGGAGAAGGUGUUGAUUGCCCAGGAGAAGAUGGCUACAAACACUGUGUAUGUGUUUCAAAUGAAAGAGCACAAAUACGCGUACAAAACUGAAAUCAGGUCUUGUCUUGAGCACUCGUCACGUCCCACCAGCACACUGUGGGUGAACAUGCUGGCUAGAGGAGGUGGAGGUGCUAAGAAGAGUGCGAUUGGUCAGCGUAUCAUUGGCAUCCUGCCGUACAUCAAGCAGGAGAUUCCCAUCAUCAUAGUGUUCCGAGCCUUGGGCUUCGUGGCUGACAGAGACAUUCUUGAGCACAUCAUUUAUGACUUUGACGAUCCUGAGAUGAUGGAGAUGGUCAAGCCGUCGUUAGACGAAGCUUUUGUCAUCCAAGAGCAAAAUGUUGCUCUCAACUUCAUCGGCGCCAGAGGAGCGCGACCUGGUGUCACAAAGGAGAAGCGCAUCAAAUAUGCGAAGGAAAUCUUGCAGAAGGAAAUGCUACCGCACGUUGGUGUCAGCGACUUCUGUGAGACAAAGAAGGCAUACUUCCUUGGCUACAUGGUGCACAGACUUCUGCUGGCAGCACUAGGUCGAAGAGAGAUCGACGAUCGUGAUCACCUUGGCAACAAGCGUCUGGAUCUGGCCGGUCCUCUUAUGGCAUUCCUGUUUCGGGGGCUGUUCAAAAAUCUGAUGAAGGAGGUGCGAAUAUAUGCUCAGAAGUUCAUCGACAGAGGAAAAGACUUCAACCUGGAGCUGGCCAUCAAGACUCGCAUCAUCACCGACGGACUCAAGUACUCGCUGGCGACGGGUAACUGGGGAGACCAGAAGAAAGCUCACCAGGCUCGAGCUGGCGUGUCCCAGGUGUUGAAUCGACUCACGUUCGUGUCAACGCUCUCUCACCUGCGUCGGUGUAACUCUCCCGUCGGACGUGACGGCAAGCUGGCAAAGCCCAGGCAGCUGCACAACUCGCAGUGGGGCAUGGUCUGCCCAGCUGAAACACCCGAGGGUCACGCCGUAGGAUUGGUGAAGAAUCUCGCACUGAUGGCGUACAUCUCGGUCGGAUCUCAACCUUCGCCCAUCCUGGAGUUCCUCGAGGAGUGGAGCAUGGAAAACCUGGAGGAGAUAGCACCGUCAGCCAUAUCAGAUGCGACAAAGAUCUUUGUGAACGGCUGCUGGGUGGGCAUCCAUCGUGAUCCCGAGCAGCUAAUGAACACCCUCAAGAAGCUGCGACGACAAAUGGACAUCAUCGUGUCUGAAGUGUCGAUGAUUCGUGAUAUUCGCGAGAAAGAGAUUCGUAUCUACACGGACGCAGGCCGCAUCUGUCGUCCGCUUCUCAUUGUCGAAAACCAGAAACUGCUGCUGAAAAAGCGUCACAUCGACAUGCUGAAGGAAAGAGAAUACAACAACUACAGGUGCGGCUGCCUGCCUGUCGUGUCGAUGAUUCGUGAUAUUCGCGAGAAAGAGAUUCGUAUCUACACGGACGCAGGCCGCAUCUGUCGUCCGCUUCUCAUCGUCGAAAACCAGAAACUGCUGCUGAAAAAGCGUCACAUCGACAUGCUGAAAGAAAGAGAAUACAACAACUACAGUUGGCAAGACCUGGUGGCGAGCGGCGUCGUAGAGUACAUCGACACGCUGGAGGAGGAGACGAUCAUGCUCGCGAUGACCCCGGACGACCUCGCCGAGAAGGGCUCGGGCUACUGCAGCACGUACACGCACUGCGAGAUUCACCCUUCGAUGAUCCUCGGCGUGUGCGCCUCCAUCAUACCCUUCCCCGAUCACAACCAGUCGCCACGUAACACGUAUCAGUCGGCUAUGGGCAAGCAGGCGAUGGGUGUCUACAUCACUAACUUCCACGUGCGCAUGGACACGCUAGCGCACGUGCUCUACUACCCGCAGAAACCUCUCGUGACAACGCGCUCCAUGGAGUACCUGCGUUUCCGAGAGCUGCCCGCCGGCAUCAACGCUGUGGUGGCCAUUGCAUCCUACACCGGUUACAACCAGGAAGACUCGGUCAUCAUGAAUGCAUCGGCUGUAGACCGUGGUUUGUUCAGGUCGGUGUUCUACCGGUCAUACAAGGACUCUGAGUCUAAAAAAGGUUUAGACCAAGAAGAGCUUUUUGAGAAGCCAAACAGAGAUUUUGUACAAGGCAUGCGUCACGCCAUCUACGAGAAGCUGGACGACGACGGCAUCAUCGCGCCGGGCACGCGCGUCUCCGGCGACGACGUCAUCAUCGGCAAGACGAUCACGCUGCCGGAGAACGACGAUGAGCUGGACACGGGCACGCGCAAGUUCACGAAGCGCGACGCGAGCACGUUCCUGCGCACCAGCGAGACGGGCAUCGUCGAUCAGGUGAUGGUCACACUGAAUCAGGAUGGCUACAAGUUCACCAAGAUCAAAGUGAGGUCGGUGCGAGUGCCGCAGAUAGGGGACAAGUUUGCUAGUCGGCAUGGACAGAAGGGAACCUGUGGUAUUCAGUACAGAACGGAGGACAUGCCAUUCACGGCAGAGGGCAUGACUCCAGACGUGAUCAUCAACCCUCACGCCGUGCCCAGCCGCAUGACCAUCGGUCAUUUGAUCGAGUGCAUCCAGGGCAAGGUGUCGGCGAACAAGGGCGAGAUCGGCGACGCGACGCCGUUCAACGACACGGUUAACGUGCAGAAGAUCUCCAAGCUGCUGGCCGAGUACGGCUACCAUCUCCGCGGCAACGAGGUGUUGUACAAUGGCUUCACGGGACGGAAGCUGAACGCCCAGAUCUUCCUCGGCCCCACGUACUACCAGCGGCUGAAGCACAUGGUCGAUGACAAGAUCCACUCUCGUGCCCGCGGUCCUCUCCAGAUUCUCAACCGACAGCCGAUGGAAGGACGAUCGCGUGACGGAGGUCUUCGCUUCGGAGAGAUGGAGCGCGAUUGUCAGAUUUCGCACGGGGCGGCGCAGUUCCUGCGCGAGCGUCUGUUUGAGGUGUCCGACCCCUACAGGGUGCACGUCUGCAACAUCUGCGGCCUACUGACCAUCGCCAACCUGCGCAAUCAGACGUUCGAGUGCAAGGGCUGCAAGAACAAGACACAGAUUUCACAGGUGCGUAUGCCAUACGCCUGCAAGCUGCUAUUCCAGGAGCUGAUGGCCAUGUCCAUUGCACCAAGAAUGAUGGUGAUGCCUGUACAGUCACAGCCUAUUGCUUAAGCCUCUACUGUUACCAUGGUUAAGGGUGUUAGUGUUGCCACCACAAUUCCAGAAUGUUGCCCGAUGGAGUGAAGUGUGUACAUAAUACUGUGUAACAGCACUUACUGUUGUAAAAUAUUUGUAAAAAAAAAGUAAAACUUGCAUUUUGCAUAUUAUUGUUAAAUUGAAAGAAAUGAUAACUGUCUGGACGUAUAAUCAUGCAAUGUUUAUAUUAACGUGAAAAUGUGGGAAACCUUUGAUGUAAUAAAUCGGAUAAAUUUGUUAGUGUGAAUUCUGUUUGGAAACGGUGUAGUAAUGUCACCGAUCGAUCAGUCACUACUAUAAGUUUGUAGCCGAUCAUUUACUACUAUCCGAUUGUAUAGACUAGAUGUAGCUUAAGAAAUCAGCAUUCAUGGUUGCAAACCUUUGUAAAUAAAUUCAAUUUUCUAAAUAA